CCUAAUUCCUGUUUUUGAGGGUUUCCACGGCGGCUAGGGUUCUAGGCGGAGGAGCGUGGAGCAAUGGUGCGCGGGCCGAAGAAGCAUCUCAAGGUGCUCAAUGCCCCCAAGCAUUGGAUGCUGAGCAAGCUCGGCGGUGCCUUUGCUCCAAAGCCAUCGUCGGGCCCUCACAAGGAGAGGGAAUGCUUGCCUCUGGUGAUUGUACUUCGAAACAGGCUCAACUAUGCCUUGACUUACCGAGAGGUGGUCGCAAUCGUGAUGCAAAAGCUCAUCUCGAUUGAUGGCAAGGUCCGGACGGACAAGUGCUAUCCCGCUGGAUUCAUGGAUGUGUUGACGGUCGGCAAGGUGGAUGAGAACUACCGUCUCCUCUAUGACAGCAAGGGCCGAUUCACCUUGCACUCGAUCAACUCCGAGGAGGCCAAGUUCAAGCUCUGCAAGGUCCGCGCCGUGAGGUUCGGUGCCAAGGGGAUCCCGUUCCUGACGACUUACGACGGGAGAACCAUCCGCUACCCGGACCCUCUGAUCAAGGCCAACGACACGAUCAAGAUCGACCUGGAGACUGGCAAGAUCAAGGAGUUCAUCAAGUUCGACGUUGGCAACUUGGUGAUGGUCACUGGUGGUCGCAACAGGGGGAGAGUCGGUACCAUUCAGCACCGAGAGAAGCACAAGGGGAGCUUCGACAUCAUUCACAUCAAGGACUCGGUCGGUCAGGACUUCGCCACCCGAAUGGGCAACGUUUUCACCAUUGGCCAGGGGACCAAGCCGUGGGUCUCUCUUCCCAAAGGCAAAGGUAUCAAGCUUUCCAUCGUGGAGGAGGCCAGGAAGAGGGUCAAGGGCUAAAGAAGUUUUUCCUAACGACAUAAGAGAACACAGAGGUUGGUCUCUGGUGAGAGUUUGUUUCUUUUCUACUUUUUUUUGGUUCUUUUUAUCCGAGGGGUCUUUGAUUGAUCUCUGUAAUGCCUACGAAGCCUUUUUGUUGUUCAACUUCCCUUCUUGCUUUUUCUUCGUUCAUUUGAGAUAUGAGUUUGAUGACUUGGAGUGCUUGAGCUUGCUGUGAUGAGGCGGUGAGAAGUCUGGCAGAUUGUGAAAGAACUCGGUGUCUUCUUCCCUUUGGAAGUGAGAGUAAAUUGCGAGCUGGAGUAGUCCCAGGAUAGCUCCAAUCGUGUUUGGGA